AGUUGGCAACACUGAAAUACUGAGACAGAGGGUUGCUGUUUCGCUUGCUCUAACAGAGCCUAGUCUAUUCCUUACGUCUUCUCUGAACGAAAUGGGCCACUAUUCUCAUAAUUGCUCUGAUGACUUGGAUACAUUUUGGGAUGAGUUGAGUAAUACAUGUGUGCCAUGUCAUCAACAUAAUCRGAUCCGACCAGGGUACGAAUUUAGUCCAAACUGUGGCAGGCAUGACGAUGGGGGAACAGCGGAAAGACCGUAUCGACCGUGUGCCGCACAGACCUUCAAUAACGGGAGCUCCGUGAAAUGCCAAACCUGUUCUCCUUGCGCUCCAAAUCAAAAGCUGUCCGAAUGCAACGCAACGACAGACACGCAAUGCUGCGUAGAGGGGAACCAGACACGGUGUUGGAAUGGAGCCCUGAGUACCACGACUCAACGMGUGCAACGGUCAACAACGUUAAGGGUCCAAGUGUCAACAUCAAAUCCCACCACAGCCAAACACAUUGAUCCGACAUUACAUCAGACUGCGUGGAUAGUGCUUACUGUCAUCUUGGUUUUCUCUGUACUUGCAUUUCUCUUAUUCAUCUAUAUUAAGACGAGAAGGAGAAGAUCAAGAGCUUUUUGCUUCAGAGAUAAGGAGAAUACCCACCAACGGUCACAGAGCAGUAAGACAACAGCAGCUGUCAAUGAAGAGAUUGCUCUGUUACAGUCAGAGACCAGGAGCCUAGAGGACAUUUUGAGUCCUGACCUCCAGUCGGCGCCACUGCAGACGGUUCUGGACAACCUGGAUGUUCUAGAGGAGCUUGUGAUCCUGCUGGACCCGGAGAGCCCUGGGGUGAAGAACACCAGCCACCUAGCAUCUCGCUGCUCCUUCCCCGCCACCUGGAUUACCUACACCUACUCCCUGAGGGAGAGCAAGAGCCCCCUGAGGGCCGUGCUGGAGGGGGUCACCACCAAGCACCCAGAGUGGACUGUAGGACACCUGGCCAGGCUGCUGAGGGAGAUGGACCGGAACGACGCAGUGGCGGUGCUCACCAAGCUCAGCUUGCUUAAGGUGUUCUAGUCUGGGUGUGUUCUGUGUUGGGUCCGGAAGAGAUGGCUCCAUCCAGAUACAACCGCGAGUCUCUACCCCCUGCCAAGGCACUGAGAUAUAACAGGAGGGCCAGUAGGUGGCAUGCUUUUCUUGGGGACCCCAAAGCCCCAAGGCAGUGAUUGGGAGCACUGUUAUUUUGCAUUAGGGUUCAAGUAAGAUAUUUAACUGCGAUAACAUGGCACUUAUAACUUAAUGCAGGGAUGUUAACCCCGGUGUACUGAAAAAGAAGAGCUGCACACUCUAGGAGCUCAGAUGCAAUAAUAUACUAACCUAAUAACCAACGUUUUGACAGACAACCUGUCUUCAUCAGGGUAUAAUGACAAACACUGUGGGGUGACUAGUUUAUAUUGUCGAAGGACACACACAAGUGUCUCUAAUCAUGACCGGGUGUGGCUUGAUAUCAUUUGUUUAUUUUCAGAUAUAAAUAGAACAUACAAAAAACAUGAAUGGAUAGCAUACAAUCAUAGAUAACAUUUUGCUACAUAGGCCUACAAACAUUUAUAAUGAACAGCAAGAUCAAGGUAAUGGCUUCAAAUUGUCGAGGUCACCCCCUCCUAGGGAGGGUGACGUGUUUGAUGCCGAUAUAACGUAGGUACGAAAUCGAGUGUUCAUUUUUACCACAAGGACAAGUUCUAAGAUAAAUAACUGUCUUAGGGAAGCACGUGAUAACACCUUUGUUUGGGAGUGUUUAAAGGAUCUACAUUUGUAAGUGACAUUGUAUUGAGCGUAGCUGUUACACUUGUAGUUUCCAUCCGGUAGAGGUGCAAAUAGACAUUGUGCAGGAGUAUUUUGGGGUGGUAAAUCAGUUUACCAAUUGAUCAGAGAUUUCUGCCCCGUGAAAAUACGACCAAGGGAGGGUCCGAAAACACAUUACCGAUAGUGUCAGCGGACRGUAGAAUGUGGCAAUGUUUGUGAACGAUUCCCUUAAUUUGUUCAGAGCACUUUAAAUGAGGGGUAGUGAGGAUGCAAGAAUGCUGCUUUUUGCAAGACUGUCCUUGAAAGAGAUUAAGGGACAUUUUAAUGUUUGUGCCAUUCUUAUCUAAUUUCUGUGUUCUUGCAAGUGGCUGACUGUACAAAUCACACCUAUGAGUAGCUGAAAUUUGGCAGUAGGCCCAGACCGUGUUUUGAGAAUAAACGAAAGAUCUCAGAUUCAAGGUAUCAGCUUAGAGAAAGAAGUCUCGUGAGGUGUUGGUCUGUCACGUUAUGAAACAGUAUUGGUCGGUCACAUGGAUGAAACAAAACGGUAAUGAUUAAUGAAUUAUGCCAAAUCAUGCAAAUAUAACUUGUCUGUGUAUAGCCGUAUAUAAGACAACGGUUGGGACUGCCCCGGCAGAGUUUUCUGACAGACAUGUGUACUAUAGUGCAUUGAGUUGGUUGGAACCUCUCCAGCACGCUGACAAAUAAACAAUUAUUCAUAUAA